GAGAGUUAAAGCGGGGAGGGCCUGCGCAUAAACCUACUCUCAUCUUUCCAGUGGCUCAACCGACCUCUCUGAGAACGUACAGUCAACAUGGCCUCUGGAGUAGUGGUUGAUGAUGGUGUGGUUAAGGCGUACGAGGAGAUCAAGGUGCACCACAGGGGUGAGGUGCAGUGUGAUCGGCUCAAGCUAGUCAUGUUCCGCCUGAGUGACGACGACAAGAGCAUCAUAGUGGAUGAGGAGAACUCCCUCAAGAUGAAAGAUGUUGCGGAUGUGGAUGACGUCUUCUCAAAGCUUGUCAGCAUGUUCCCAAGCAAAGACUGUCGCUACGCACUGUAUGACUGCUGCUACAGAACCAAGGAGACUGAAAAAGAGGACCUGGUCUUCAUUAUGUGGGCCCCUGACGAGGCCCCACUGAAGAAGAAGAUGCUGUACGCCAGCUCAAAGGGUGCCCUGAGGAAGAAGCUGCCAGGGCUUAAGAUUGAGUGGCAGGUGAACGAUCUUGCAGAUGCCAAGGACUCCUCAGUGCUAAUAGAGAAGCUGGGAAACAGGGGAAUGAUCAAGGAGCUGGAGGGCAAGCAAAUGUAAAUGCCACAUUCUCACAUGCACCAACAGAAUGGUCCCAACAACAGUGCAGACGAAUUGCUUAAGUGUUUUUGUUUUUUAUUUUUAGUUUAUUUUUUGUUAACCUUAUGUCUGCCUUGGAGAGAGACUUCAAGGGAGGAGAGGUCAUUCCAAAAUGACUUAUCCAAACUGAUGAAUUCCCAAAAAGGAACAAACCUCCUGAUCAUUCCUUAAGACGGAUCAGUUUUGUGGGGGUUUUUUUUUAUUUUUAUUUUUAAAUAGUUGUUUUAUUUUGAAAUGUUCAUUGUUCCUUAUGCUUUGCUCUUUAGUGCCCCCUUUCUGGUUCAUUCCAUUUGAAGGGGCUUUUUAUUAUUCUCCAGAAGUGCAUAUCAAAAGCUGCUGGUCCCCCCAGUGGAAGCCCCGUCUGAAAGACUAGGCUCCAGGCUACAUUAACAGACCUGAUUCUCCCCAUUAGGUCCAAGUCAGGACCAAUUUGCUGAAUCAGUCAGGUCUGUUUGUGUCGGGUGGUGGGGGAGCAGGCAGUAUCUGUUACUCCAGUAUUCACAUGGGCGUUCAGCCGUCGAAUCAGGCUCUUUGCUGUACUCUUCUGUUCUACCAGCUGUAAUUGUUACAUUCCAUUAAGCUAACUAACAUACUCUGUCUAAGCGUUGUUCAUUCUUUGCCACAAUAGGAAGAGAUAUAAAUAAUAAAAAAAGAUUAUCUGAA